CGGAGACGGGCUCGGAGCGCGGCCGCGAGCGCCCUGGCGCGGGUCGGGUCCCCGGGACCGCGGAGCCCCGCAGGGAGGCGGCCGAGGGGACCGAGGCCCUGGCCCCGGCCAGGAUGCACAACGCGUCGUCCUGGGGCCCGGAGCACGCCAACACGUCGUGCCCCGCGCCCGCGCUCGGCUGCCCCAACGCGUCCGGCCCGCUGCCGCCGCUGCCGCCGCCUCUGGCCGUGGCCGUGCCCGUCGUGUACGCGGUGAUCUGCGCCGUGGGGUUGGCGGGCAACUCGGCCGUGCUGUUCGUGCUGCUGCGGGCGCCCCGCAUGAAGACCGUCACCAACCUGUUUAUCCUCAACCUGGCCGUGGCCGACGAGCUCUUCACGCUCGUGCUGCCCAUCAACAUCGCCGACUUCCUGCUUCGGCGCUGGCCCUUCGGGGAGCUCAUGUGCAAGCUCAUCGUGGCCAUCGACCAGUACAACACCUUCUCCAGCCUGUACUUCCUCACGGUCAUGAGCGCCGACCGCUACCUGGUGGUGCUGGCCACGGCCGAGUCGCGCCGGGUGGCCGGCCGCACGUACGGCGCCGCGCGCGCCGUGAGCCUGGCCGUGUGGGGAGUCGUGACGCUGGUCGUGCUGCCCUUCGCCAUCUUCGCCCGGCUGGACGACGAGCAGGGCCGGCGCCAGUGCGUGCUGGUCUUCCCGCAGCCCGAGGCCUUCUGGUGGCGCGCAAGCCGCCUCUACACGCUGGUGCUCGGCUUCGCCAUCCCCGUGUCCACCAUCUGCGUCCUCUACACCACGCUGCUGUGCCGGCUGCGCGCCAUACGCCUCGACAACCACGCCAGGGCCCUGGAGCGCGCCAAGAAGCGGGUGACCGUGCUGGUGGUGGCGAUCCUGGCCGUGUGCCUCCUUUGCUGGACGCCCUACCACCUGAGCACCGUGGUGGCGCUCACCACCGACGUCCCGCAGACGCCGGUGGUCAUCGCCGUCUCCUACUUCAUCACCAGCCUGAGCUACGCCAACAGCUGCCUCAACCCCUUCCUCUACGCCUUCCUGGACGACAGCUUCCGAAGGAGCCUCCGCCAGCUGCUGGCGUGUCGCGCCGCCGCCGCCUGAGCCGGCGCGCCGGGAGCCAGCGGCCCGGCGCUCAGGGUGGUCCCUGAGCCGCAGCUUCGGCCCCCGCCCACCAGCUCUCUAGAGAUGCAGGUUCUCGGGCCCCUGCCCAGGCCCCGCGGACUCGGACGCGCUUUGGCUGCGCCCGCCCUUUCAGUGUGCCAAGCCCUCCAGGUGGUGCGGAGGCGCGCAGGACAUGGGGACCGGCCGAGGCGGCGGAGAGCGCACGGACCUCUCCCUCUCCCUAAGGCCCAAGGGCGCCGAGGCGACCCCCGAGCUUGACACGGAGGGGAGGAAGGGGAGAAAAGGGGGCAAUACUGCAGAGACCCUCUUCCGGUUCCCCCCGCCUCCCGCCCCAGCCGUGCGCAGGCCGGCUCUUCGUGGAGCCCUCGGCGCUCCCUCGCCGCGGAGGUGCGAGGGGAGAGAUGCUAAGGCCGCCCGGGCCUUUGACGGGGAAGACAGCUCGGGUGGCGGGUCAGGAGUGAGUGUGUUAAGUGUGUGUGUGUGUGAGUGUGUGUGUGUGUGUACGCGCGCGUCUAUGCGUGCGCGCGUCUAGCAGAGGCCGGGGCUUUGGAUGCAGGGGGAUGGAAAUUGGCUGUGAUGCCUACACAGCAGUGAUAAGAAUGGUGACAACCCCCUUCCUGUCCCAGCCUCUUCUUUCUUUGCCUUUCCGCUUUCCCACCCACGCUGUCCCUGCGGGGACCCGGCCGCCGGGCUCGGGAAGGGCCUGGAGUCGGAUCCCCGGCCGGGUUGCGGCGUCCCCUGGCGGAGCCAGCUGCGGGAGCCGAGCAUCCAAAAACAGCGCUGGAUGUGCAGGUGAGCGCACCUGCGAAACCGCUCUUUCCGUGGCUGGGUUACUUGUCAUCGCUUCUCUCUCCAGAGGGCUCCACUCCCCUCCACACACACCAACGCCCCUGUGCCCCCGUCGACCUAGUACAGCUUGGAGCAGUUCGUUGCAAUUCUUAGUGUGCAAUUGCUUUUGAAGACCGAGAACUUUAUGUGUGCCCUAAUCUCACGUUUUGGGCGAGUUAAUGAGAUGAGGAGAUGCGUAUCCAUCCUCCGUUCCCCUCUUCCUCAUAUUCCUCUUGCUGUUCGCCUCAGGGGACCCAGGGAGCUGAAAUGACCGACGCCCUCAUGAUAACCUCUCCUGGUUCCCUUUCCACAGGGAACUGUGGAUUAUUUGUACUUUAUUUCUUCGUCCCAGACGGCAACUGGGAGAUGUCUGGUCUCACAGGGAGACCAGACAGCACCCUAUAUUUUAUCUCUACUUCUGGGAGACAAAAGUGGAUUAAGAGAGAGGACUGACAUUGGCUUUGCCCAGCCAUCUGCAGUUUACACUUCAGACCUGAGGGCAGAGCUUUAACCAGACUACAGUCAUUAAUGAGUGUUUUAAAAGAUAUUUUUUUCCCUUUGGGAUGAAUUCCAAACAGGAAUGAAAAUUUCUAAAAGUAUUUGUUUCCCAGGGUCAGUGUUAUAUGUGAUAAAAAUUAUGAGUGUUGCUGGCAGAAUUUGUUUACUUAGUUUGAUGGCCAUUAACCACAUUCUCAAUUACUUAUCUUCAAAAUACUUCUAACAAAAUAAAUGAAAAGGAAAUCUCUCCCUUGGGUUUUUCCCAAGGAAGAAGCUAACUCCCUUGCUGAUUUUCAUGAAUAAGAAUUGCUUCCUUAGCUCUCAGAGUAAUUAGGAACAAUGCGAUACUUCAUAGCUAUCAGUUUAGAAAAUGUAAAUUUAGAAACCCACCUUGGGUGACAAAUAAUAGUAAAAUUUCCAAAACAUGCUUUUCCAUCUCCAGUGCAUUUUGAAUGAUGUACAUCAUGGCAUUUGCACAGUCCUCUGCUGGUGGGCUUCAGAGGCCUCUUGGAAUUCGUUUUAGUAUCUUCCAAUUUCUUGGAAACGUUCUAUUGAUUUUCUUUAUGACUCACAAAAUUAUUUUGUGAAUCCUCCGUUUAUUUUCAAAAGAAAAAAUGUAAGCUUAGCGUAACUACCACAUUCUCUAAGGUAACAGACAGAGAGUUAAGUGGAUAUUUGCCGCAAACACAGACGAGUGUGAUAAUCUGGAUUUGAAACCUCAUCUGCCUUCGUAAACUCUGUGGCUGUGCUUUGACAUCUUCUGAACACAGAUCGGGGGAGAGCCAUGUGAUCCACCUGUCCACGGCAUCAUCCCUCCCACAGGUCAGCCUGGCUGUCUUGGAAUCUACCAAGAAGACUGCUGGAAAAACACAGGACUGACAUGGCUGCGCUGUCCACACAGCAAGGCGUGGACUGGCAUCCUAGUGUGCGUGUGUGAUUAAAUGGGACCCAGUACUUCAGUUUCCUCCUGGCUUUCUAAAUUAUUGGAUAGAAUGUUGUAUCAUUACUUCUAGGUUGUUGCCUUCUUAUUAGCAUGUAGAAACCCAGAUUGUACGUCUCAGACUUCCUUUUUAGGACUUGGGUCCUAGGUAGAAUAAAUAUGCCGACAGCCAUGCCAAAGUAGAAUUUACUUACAUCGUUGCAUUGCAAAGCUUUUAACUCUGUGUUUGAUUUUUGCAGUCUUCCUGUAAACCGUGUUGUUUGGUUAUACCACUUCUGAUAUUUUUAAAUGUCCAUUUGGUUUUACUUAACUUAGUACAGUUAUAUAAUGUAUGUGCUUAGGCGUUCUCUUGAGAAAUGCAGAAACCCUGCUAGUCCCUUGCACAGAAGCUCUGUUUAAAAUAAAAGCUGAAACAGUCUGUAUGAAGAGUGAAUAUUCUAUUUCCUGAGAACAUGGGAUCCAUAAUUCAGUCACCUUAGU